AUGACACGGCGGCUCACGAACACUUUCUGGACGACAUCGCGGAGCAGCUCAGUGGCGACUAGGAACAUGUCUUCCAAUGGGAAUACUAGACAGGGGGGUUAUCUCAGCCAACACCAAAAUAGGCUCUCGGGACUGUUUCUGGUCACUGACGCCUGGGAAAGCAUCCAACAUCCGAAGGAAGUCGAAUACCUGCAGCAAUGUAUCGAUCGGAACUCUGGCCACCUGACGGACCUUUCGAUUGGAUUCCUCACAUCCUCUGCCUCGCGGGCUCUACGCUGGGAGUCAUUUGGAUCCCACCAGCCAGAAGGCACGUUUUCAGAGGAUAGAAUCACUGGACAGCUGACGCCGAUUUUGCCGUUGUCUGCUUUAUCACUUUCUAAGGUCGCUCUACCGUUGGAGCCAUCAGUGAAUGGCUUUAUGUUUACCUCCCUGCGCGCGCUGACUUUGCGAGACUCUGCGUUCCUCCUCUCUUUUCGAGGCCUCAAAUCUUUGUACUUGAAACUGACCAAUUUUCCCACUGGGGAAGUUACCAUUCAAGAUGCAAUCAGUCACCACCGGAAUACGUUGAAAAGUCUCGUUUAUCAUGAGAGAGAACUUGAACACAUUGACGAUGAUGGGCUAUUCGAAGAUGAUCGAGACGUUAUGCCACAUUGGAUCCCAUGUCUGUCCGACGUUGUGAACUUAAGUCACAUCACGAGCUUGGCACUUUGUGCAAGCCCAGCCUCAGCGCGGCAAUUCCUCUGGCCCGAGGCCAGGAAGAUGCAGCUGCAGAUUUUACACUUACGGUUUAGCGGGCCUGAGAAUAUUCACCGCAAUAUCCGACAAGAUAUCGAGGCCCUCCUUAACAACAGCCACUAUAAAGGCAUUUCUGUGCCGGUUGUUAAAGAUGACGGCGAAUACUCAGCUUGUGUUGACGAAAUAUGUUUUGCUUUGCCACCUAGGCAUUACACUCUAUCAGAGCCCACAAUGAAGAAUAUCUCGCUUUUCGAAGCUGAAGAGUUCCUGAAAUUUGCCGAGUGGGCUUUCGGGCCCAAUGGCCUCCCAAAUCUUCGGGUUCUAGCAUUCGGUGAUUUCUCCCACGAAGAUCGAUACCCCAGUCAACAGUUCCUCGUCCGACGGCUCAGACAGGGAGAAAUCGGUCAAUCUAAUCCGGAGAAGCUCAGUACCCUAUCCUUCUCUUCAGCAAAUGUGACAGAUCCCUGGAUCUGGGAUGGUGUUGUUGUAGAUGGAUCAAAAUUUAUUGGUGCGUGUCCCGGUGGGGGCGUGAUGGAGUCCCCGUACGAUAUUUGA